AUGCGGGCCGUGCUGUGCCUCUGGCUGCUGGUGGCCCCGGUGGCGCGGGUGGCCGUGUCCUCGCGGGUCCGCACCCGCCGGGAGCUGGGCCCCGGGCUGUACCAGCACGGCGUCUACGACGCGGGCGGCUCCUACUGCCAGCGGGGCGACGUGUGCUGCCACGGCCGCGACGACGGCUGCACCGUGCCCUACCACGACACGCUGUGCUACUGCGACCUCUUCUGCAACCGCACCGUGUCCGACUGCUGCCCCGACUUCUGGGAAUACUGCCUGGGAAUCCCGGCGCCCUUCCCCAAAGCCCCAGGCUGUGCCCGUGCUGGACACAAUUACCCCACAGGAGCCACGUACCGGGAGAACUGCAACCUGUGCACCUGCGGGCCCGGCGGGCAGUGGCAGUGCGAGGACCACGCCUGCCUGAUGGAUGGGGAGCUCAUCGACGCCAUCAACAGGGGCAAUUACGGCUGGAGAGCCGCCAACUACAGCCAGUUCUGGGGGAUGACCCUGGAGGACGGGAUCCGGCACCGCCUGGGCACCUUCCGUCCCUCCGCCACCGUCAUGAACAUGAACGAGAUGCACAUGAACAUGGACUCCAACGAGGUGCUGCCGCGUCGCUUCAAUGCCGCCGAGAAGUGGCCCGGGAUGAUCCACGAGCCCCUGGACCAGGGGAACUGCGCCGGCUCCUGGGCCUUCUCCACGGCCGCCGUGGCCUCGGACCGCAUCUCCAUCCACUCCAUGGGCCACAUGACCCCCGCGCUGUCCCCCCAAAACCUCCUGUCCUGUGACACCCGAAACCAGCGCGGCUGCAGCGGGGGGCGCCUGGACGGAGCCUGGUGGUACCUGCGCAGGAGAGGCGUGGUGACGGACGAGUGCUACCCGUUCACGAGCCAGCAGAGCCAGCCCGCGGCGCCGCCCUGCAUGAUGCACAGCCGCUCCACGGGCCGGGGCAAGCGACAGGCCACAGCGCGCUGCCCCAACCCCCGGAGCCACGCCAACGACAUCUACCAGUCCACGCCCGCCUACCGCCUCUCCUCCAGCGAGAAGGAGAUCAUGAAGGAGCUGAUGGAGAACGGCCCCGUGCAAGCCAUCCUGGAGGUGCACGAGGAUUUCUUCAUGUACAAGAGCGGGAUCUAUCGGCACACGCCCGUGGCCGAGGGGAAGGGGCCCAAGCACCAGAGGCACGGGACCCACUCGGUGAAAAUCACGGGGUGGGGAGAGGAGCAGCUGCCUGAUGGCCAGACCCAAAAAUACUGGACGGCGGCCAACUCGUGGGGCACGGCGUGGGGCGAGGGCGGCCACUUUCGCAUCGCCCGCGGCGUCAACGAGUGCGAGGUGGAGACCUUCGUGGUGGGGGUUUGGGGCCGCGUCAGCAUGGAGGACAUGCCCCACAAGUGAGCCCCGCCGAUGUCCCCAGUGUCCCCAAUGUCCCUGUCCCCAGCGCGGCCCUGCCCAGCUCACAGCACGGUGGGCAAGGCACUGUCCCCUGCGUCCAGUGGCAGGGGGCUGGCGCUGUUCCCUGUGUCCCCUGGAGGACAGCAUGGAGGACAUGCCCCACAAGUGAGCCCCAUGAUGUCCCCCAGUGUCCCCAGCGCGGUCCCACCCAGCCCACAGCACACUGGGCAGGGGCUGGCGCUGUCCCUGUGUCCCCUGGAGGGGGCUGGCGCUGUCCCUGUGUCCC